GCGCCGGCGGUACCCAGAGAUGCGCCGCAGGGGCGCCGGCCGGGGGCGGGCAGCCGCAGAGGCAAAUCCCCCGCACCUGCUGGCCGGGAGAUCUACGUGCUCCCCAUCGGCGACGCGAACGCGGAUGCAGCAGCGACCACGUCGUACAGACAGGAAUUCCAGGCCUGGACAGGAGUGAAGCCAUCAAGAUCCACAAAGGCAAAACCUGCCACAGUCAUCACAACCCACAGCUCCGGAUGGGACGGUAGCCCUGGGGCCAGCUUCCAGGUCCCUGAGGUGAGGAAGAAGUUUGCUCCUAACCCCUCAGCCAUCUUUCAGGCCUCAGCUCCCCGGAUCCUCAACGUGUGACUGCCUACCGAGAGGAGAGUGACAUGGGGUGGGUCAGAACCACUGCCACCAGGGAGCUGGGGUGAGAUCUUGGCCCGGAUGGCCCCCUGCCGUCCGAGGGAAAGGGUCCUCACCGCGAGGCACCACUCCUCUCCAAGCUGCCACCGGGCCGCAGCCCUGGCACAGAGAGAGGCACAGGUGGACACGGCACCACCCAGCUCAACUCUGGACCUCAGCCGUCUCUUCUGUGAGAAGCGUUCGGAAGGCUCCAUUCUUUUUUAACGGCCUCUUUGGGCCAUCCGUCAGUUUUUAAACCUCAAGAACUUGAGGAUCAAUUCCAUGGUGAACUGAACUGGUCCAGUGGGCCUGAGAAAUAUGGACGUAACAGAGCCCCGAAAGAACCAGUAAUGUCCACUUUGUUGUUUUCCCAGGCUGCAUGAUAAUUUUAUAACCUAUGGUAACCCAAAGUAACUCCCUUGGAUAGUCUUGACAUGGCCCCACACGUUCAAGCUGCAGAAGAAAUCUUAGGUCAUCACCUGCAUGUGACUCAUAAUGAUGCUGAAGAACCAGGUGAAAGUUUCUAAAAGAAACAAUAUCACGGGGUUUCAAUUUCAAAGAAGUUAAGUUCUUUAUGGCCAAGAUGACCCUUAUGUUUUAACAAAACAUUUCUUGGAAUGAGUGCUUGAAGUACUGAAUGAAUGAAUGCUAUUUACCUUGUGGUAAGUUCCUGAGCCCUGCAUUUUAUUACUAAUUCCAGUUUUCCUCCUUAAAAUAUUAAUAACUAGAAAGGAAGUGCCAUCCACACUAAGAACUGGGAGCUUUUUUAAGAAGGCAGCAUUAGCCUCAAUCCCUGAAAGACCUUCAAAUGCCAUCUACCCCAACCCUUACCCUCACAUCCGCCCUGCUCUCACACGCAGUUCCAGGGAGCCCACGCCUGUUAGGGAGGCAGCCUAUGCUGUCUCUGCAAAGCUCUCUCCUGACUUGCUUGAUUUUCCAGGCAGUGCAGCCACGUGGAACAAGCCUGGUUCCCUCUGCACAGCAGCCCUUCAGACACUAGGAGUUUAGUGCUGGCCUCGGCAGCACAAAUACAAACACUUGACGGAGUCUGUGUCCUUUAGAGAUUAGAGGCACCAGCUUAGGACAGUUUUUGGUAAGGAAACUCAAGGAUUUCCCUUUGGAGCUUUAUUCCUCUCCGGCCCACGAGUGGCUCUAGUCUGGUGUGUACUUACUGAAGCUGCAGGAGAUGGGGCUGUUUCUAGCUCAGGCUGCAAAGGGGGUCGUCCCCUCAGAGGUGCUAGUUCUGGCGGGCACAGCUCUUCCCCUCAUUCCAGUAAAGAAAAUGCUCCGAGAGAACAAACAUUUUAAAGGAAAAACCCAAAUCAUAUGCUAACACAAAGGGUUCUAUUAUAUCAGACUUCACUGGUUUGCACGUUAGAUGUUUCUGAGAGAGAGACAGCCUGCUGGGCAUUCUGUGGGAAAUGAACAAUCUCGGAUUUUACUAAAAUGCAAAAAUAUACUGUUUUAAUUUCUUGUUAAUUUAUUUCUUUAAUUAUGAACACGAGCACCUUCUCUUACAACUUCCUUCAUCCUCCCUUUGGCAACAAGGACUUUAGUGCAUCAUAGCUGCUGCUCGUAUCCCUGGAGGACUGUCAGUCCUGAGAACCCCGCUCUGGGCUGCAGUCCACACUGGUGUUACAUGCAGUCUCUCACAAAACCCACCAGCCCCCGUUUCACAUCCCCCACCCUGCCUAUGUGCCCCCGCUCCCAUUCUCAGGAGCCUAGGGUAAAAGACUAGUUUUGGACUCAAAUCUUUUGACUUCUCCACUUACAAGCUGUGAGCAGGUUAAGCUUCCAUUCCCUUAUCUGCAAAGCAAAGCUAAUACCCCUUGCUAAGAGAAUCGGUGUUUGUGUGCAGGGCACUCAGUACACGGCCAAGCGCCCCUUCCCGCUUUCCCAGGAGCUGGCUGGCUCUCCUCUCAGGUGCAACUUUGGUCCAUCUGCUCCAUCUGAUGCCACUGACGCAGUCCCUCUCACGAAACCUGGCCCACCACACUAUACAGCAGGCAGUGCCCUUCCCUCCCCAGAGCCUGCAUUCAUGCUUUAGCCAUCUGUCUGCUGUACCUCAGUGGGGAUAAAGCAAGCCUGCCCCUCCUGGCAGUGUUGGCACUGCAGCAGCAGUGGGAGCACCCACUGCCUAAGGCAGCCUGGCCUCUGCAAGGCAUAAUGCAUGCCCAAGAACCUUUUUGGAAUGCACCAGAACAGACAGCUUUUCAAAAACACCCCAACCCCCACCUUCCUUACUAGACUUCAUUAAUUAUUAUGAGAUCUGGGUUCUGAAGGAGAAAUUUCCUCCACUCAGUCUAGGUCUUGGCCGGGCCUAACAUCACGCUACUGGGGUGGCCUUAGGAAACAACAGACAACAGACUCAACCGCAUGUACGGUUCUAACCCAUAUGUAUCACAUACAUAUAAUAUACAUAAAGAAAUGCACUGGAAUAUUAGUGGUGGUUAUCUUUAAGGAGGGGAAUUUUUAAAUUAAUUAUACUUUACUAUAUUUGUUAAAGUUUAUAACAAGAAUUUUUGUAUUCUGUAAUAAGAAAAGUUUUAAAAAAUAAAACAGUUCAAUCUGUUAAGCUAA